AUGAACACCAUCUACGUCCUAUAUGCCUCGGAGACUGGAAACUCACAGGACUUGGCUCAGUUGCUGGCUGCUCGUCUUCGAAGACUCGCUGUUGCCACCGGUCCGGCCAUCUCUGAUCCGACCGCUCCUAUUGGAAACAUCAUUGUUUCUUCGUUCGAUGAUGCUCUUCCAGGACUUGUAGAUCUUCUCAAUACUCAUCUUGAAUCGCCAAAUGCUUCCAAAUCAAAUCUAAACCUCUUUUUCCCACUCGUGUCCACCACAGGUCAAGGCGAAAUGCCCCGAUCGGCUCUUCGCUUCUGGAGAUUCAUCCUGCGAAGAAACCUUCCUUCAACUCUCUUUUCUAGAUUUUUAUUCUCAUCCUUUGGCCUGGGUGACUCUUCAUAUCCACGAUUCAACUGGGCUGUCCGCAAACUCCAUGCCCGCCUACUCCAGCUUGGCGCUUCCGAGAUUGGUGUUCAGGUCCCGCGAGCAGAGGCCGAUGAGCAAUCUUCCGAUCCUUCAACUGACAAGGUCUACCAAGAAUGGGAAGAUCGCAUUGUUGGUUACCUUGAAAGUCUCGACGCCUUUAAGGACCCAAGUACUGGCGUUGGACUUCUCAACGCAAUUCCAGACGAUACCAUUUUAGAUCCCGUCUACCCAAUCUCUUUAACUGAAAAUGAAUCAUCACCCCUAGAUCUUUUACCUGAAAAUAUUCUUGCAACUUCUGUAACUCGUGUGGAUUCUCCUAAAGUCUUCCCAGCAUCCAUCACAUCGUUGACAAGAAUAUCUGCUCCAUCGCAUUACCAAGAUGUGCGUCAUCUUUCACUCAAGUUACCCGAAUCUCUGCAGUACUCCCCUGGUGAUACUCUCGCAUUAUACCCGUCCAAUUCUCCGGCUGACGUUCAGGCUCUUUUAGACCACAUGGGUUGGGCUCCUCAUGCAGAUAAGUUGAUUACAGUCCCAGCCUCCUAUAUCGCCAAGGUUUCACCAUUUGGUGGAAAGCUUGUCGAACCUUUGACUCUGCGGAACCUUGUUCUCCAUCACUUGGACAUCAUGUCUGUUCCUAGACGAAGUUUCUUUUCCGCAAUCUGGCGUUUCUCUCAAGUUUCUGAAACCAUAGAACCAACUGUCCUAGAUCCCUCGGGAAAAAAAGAUCCAAAUUCACCGGAACAUGCAGUCCUCGAACGUGAAAAACUUAAAGCCUUUGGAUCUCAAGUCGACGACGAUACCCUUCAGGACCUCUACAAUUACGCCAACCGACCUAGAAGAUCGAUUCUUGAAACUCUUCUCGAAUUUGGCUCCCUUGGUAAGGCCCCGGACGGUUCUCCAAGAGUCCCAAUCUCAUACAUUGCCGAUAUCUUUCCAGUCCUCCGACCACGUCUCUUUUCUAUUGCCUCAGCGCAAACAGGAACCACUGCUGAACUUUGCAUUGCCAUUGUGCGCUAUAAAACAAUUCUUCGCCGCACUCGCCGUGGCGUUUGCUCUCGUUGGCUUGAAGACUGUGUUGCGCCAGCAGUGGCUGCGCGUGGUUCCGUUCCAGUUGCUAUUGCACUUCAGAAAAACCACCUUUUUAAAUCUGCACCUCCACAACUGGCCGCAGCAUCUGUCCCCAUACUGUUAAUCUCUGCAGGAACCGGUGUAGCACCUGUCCGAGCACUUGUUGAAUACUAUCGUGCCAAGUUUGCUUCAAAUCCAGAGGCGUUCCCAGAACUUUACGUGUUUUUCGGAUGCCGUGCACGUGGAGCUGAUUUUCAUUACGCAGCUGAAUGGCAGGCUUUGCUUCAAGAUCCUGUCAUUGGGCCAAAAGUCCAUCUUUAUGUGGCCUUUUCACAGCCUAACUUGUCGCCUGCCAAUGCCCCUACUCUUGACUUUGGGCCCAACUACAAUAUCCUCGAGGGCGUUCAUUUGCAAGCCCAUAUCUACGCCCAACGCACUCGUAUAUCCGAGCUUCUCCGCGACCGUGCAGCUCUCGUUUAUCUCUGCGGGUCUUCCGGAAAGUUCCCCACAGAAACCCGUUCGACUCUUAUCACUGCCUUGACUGAAACUCUUGGUGGAUAUGACACAGCUUCCGAAAAACAAAGUGAAGAACUCAAAGAGUCAGCAACACAAUAUGUCCAUGAUAUGGAGCAGCAGGGCCGCUUUAUUCAGGAAACUUGGUAG